AUGGUCAGCUACCUUGUACCAUGCUAUGUUUCCCAACCCCUAUAAAUACUAGACCUUUCAUUCACACCAAGCCAUCACACCUACAAUAUCAUAUCUUCUGAUUUCACAUCAUUCUCUCUCUAAAAUAUUAAGCCAUGGCACUUGAGCAACCCUAGUUGAAAAACACUCGUCCUGACCCAAACAUGGAUCUUCUCCAUGUCCAGGCCAUCAGCCUUCAAACAAUAAGCAGCGCUCAUGAUUCCGAUGACACCAGCUUUCAAUCGUUUCGGAUACUCGAAAACGAUGUGCCCAGUGGCCCUCCCCAGCAGAAACUAGCAUGGUUAAGGUCUCAAGUCAUCGGCAGUGAUGUGGAGUUCGACACUCCUUUCGGAAAACGUCGGCUUACCUAUGCCGACUACACUGCCUCUGGCCGAUGCCUUCAGUACAUUGAGAACUACAUCAUUAACAAUGUUCUUCCAGCUUAUGGCAAUACUCAUACAAGUGACAGUUAUGUGGGCCAUGAAACUACAAAAAUUGUGCAUGAUGCAAGUAAGUAUGUGAAGUCUUGCUUAGGGGGCAAAGAAGAAGAUGCAAUCCUGUUUGUUGGCUCCGGCACAACGGCAGCCAUUAAACGGCUUCAAGAGGUUAUGGGACUUGCUGUUGCAUCAACUAUGAAGGACAGGGUGUUGACGAGCCUUAGGGAUGAAGAAAGAUGGAUUGUUUUUGUUGGGCCAUAUGAGCACCACUCCAACCUCCUCUCGUGGCGCCAAAGCUUAGCAGAAGUUGUAGAGAUCGGUCUAGAUGGAAAUGGACUAAUUGACAUUGAAGCUUUAAGGCAACAACUCGAGUUGUACCAGCACACAAAUCGCCCUAUGUUGGGUUCUUUCUCAGCUUGCAGUAAUGUCACCGGAAUUUACACUGACACACGUUCCGUUACUUCACUCCUUCAUCGAUAUGGUGCUUUUGCAUGUUUUGAUUUUGCUGCAAGUGGUCCUUAUGAAGAGAUUGACAUGAGAUCUGGCGAGGUAGAUGGAUAUGAUGCAAUAUUCCUUAGUCCACAUAAAUUUGUUGGGGGACCUGGUACCCCUGGAAUUCUUCUAAUGAGCAAGAUCCUUUAUCAAUUAGGAUCUUCACCUCCUUCAACAUGUGGUGGAGGAACUGUCAGCUUUGUUAAUGGAUUCAAUGAAAAGGAUACUCUGUAUUAUGAAGAUGUGGAAGAGAGAGAAGAUGCCGGAACGCCAGCAAUUAUUCAGAAAUUUAGAACUGCAAUGGCUUUCUGGGUAAAAGAAUACAUUGGUUCUGAAGUGAUCAAAAUGCAGGAGCACAAAUUCAUAGAUAGAGCGCUCGACAGGCUUCUUUCCAAUCCAAACAUCUGGGUUCUAGGAAACACUAGAGUGAAACGACAAGCUAUCCUCUCCUUCCUUGUGUUCUCCACAACCAAUUCCUCCGCUGACAUGGAAAACAAGAUCUUCAUGGACGCUAGUGGGAGCAGAGAUGGAGGAAAUUCCUUGUGGAGGGAGUCCGGGAACACGAGAGACAAGCCCCUUAGCGGCCCUUUUGUUGCGAAGCUCCUUAAUGACUUGUUUGGCAUCCAGGCUCGUGGUGGGUGCGCUUGUGCUGGACCCUAUGGUCACCAUCUUCUCCAUGUCAAUGAGUCUCAUUCACUCGCCUUCAAACAUGCCAUUCAAAAAGGUUACAAUGGAGUGAAGCCGGGAUGGACACGAAUUAACUUUGCUUACCACAUAACAGUAGAAGAGUACGAGUUCAUUCUUGCUGCGUUGGAAUUCGUAGCCAUGUAUGGCCAGAGGUUCCUCGUGCUCUACGACUUCAACUGGAAAACGGGCAAUUGGACUUUCAAGAAGAAGGCAUUCAAAGAGAUUGAGGCGAUCAAACAAUGCAGACAAGAAUUCAACAACUUGUUGAUUAAUCGCGCUCUGCAAGCAGCUAGUUUUGAAGACACUGAGAUCAUUGCUGACAACAACACCAUUGAAAUGAUCCACAAGUAUGUGUCUUAUUUGGAGACUGCAAAAAGAAUUGCUCACUUUCUCCCAAAGUUUCCUCCUCCUAGAAGGAUUCCAAAAGAGAUUGAUAUUAACCUCGUGCUGUUCCGAGUAUAGAUUUGGGGGCUUUUCUAUGUUUUACAAUAGUGUUGUAAACUGUUUAAGCUUUUGCAUAUUAUAGUUUUGUAUCGGAACGAUAAAUGAAUAAGAAAUCAACGCGAACAUCUUGUUCCUUUUCUUUCCCA